UCCUCAAACGAAAGCCAGUCCAUAAGGGCUUGAAGUAUGCACAUGUCCAAAUACCAUGUACUUAACAAAUGAGGCUCGUGAUGACUCGAAAACAAGACCUCUCAGAAGGCUCUGAUACCAUGUCAAGAUUCAGUUGGUUUCAAUAACUCGAGUUGUUGGGAAAAGUUCAUGUAUGAAGAUUAACCAGUUCCUUACAAAAGAGAGACCUACUAAACAAAAUUCCGUUUUAAGUUUUCAAAAAGAAGAAGUCAUUCAUUUCAUAGCAAUUGAGCUUUUUUGCCAACAAUCGAAUUCCAAGCCGCGAUUGAGUGUAGUUUGGUUUCGGGUCGGUUUAUGUAUGGUUCGGUUCGGAUCGAUACGGAUGUACCGUGAACUGCUUGCCAGCUCCUACCCUUGAUUAUGCACACUUGCAUAACAUGUUAUGAGCCUUUGAUAUUAAUUGGGAGUAAAAAUCAAAGAGGUGAAAUUAAACGACUUAAAAUUUUUUUUUGCUAAGAGGGAAUGAGUUCAUCGUGAUCUAUUGGAUCUACAAAAUGGUAAGUGUAGAUCGAGUUACACAUCGUCACUUACCCGUAGGUUACUGAUAGGAAUCACUCCCUCAAAACAGUGACUAAAUAAAAUGAAUGCAAACAAGAGUGUGAUCUAAUAAUACUAUCACGGAUCUCGAACAUGAGCUCUCAAGUUCAAUUCAUUUACUAGCCUCUAGUAACUAUAUGAAAUGGAAUGAAGAGAAGUUUAUGUUGUGAAUGCAAGUGGAAGUGAGAAAAUGAAAACGAGAAAAGAAAGAAACAGAGAGCCGUGGGGAGUGAGUAGAAAGAUGAAUACUGAGAGUGACUGGUCAUCUUGACGUGGGGAGUGAGUAGAAAAAGAACCAUUAUUUGGUCUCUCCCGUGCAUUAUAUAUAAGAGCCUCUCAAGGCUUCCCUAGAAGUAGAAACCCCAUCGUGCGCAUAAUCACAUAACUACAUUCUCUCUCUCUCUUUCUGUCCGUCAUGGCGAAGAUGGUAGGUCUGGUCGUGGGCUUAGCCAUGUUGGGCUGUAGUUUGGUGGACCGGGUCGGGGCGCCCGACCCGGGUUAUGUCCCUCCUCUUUUGUUAGUGUUCGGUAGUUCCCUUGGGGACAGCGGAAACAACAAUUACUUGGACACGACGGUGAAGGCAGACUCGCCGCCUUACGGUAUCGACUCUCCCACCGGCCAGCCCACCGGUCGUUUCACUAAUAACCGCAACCUGCCCGAUUUCCUCAGUGUAGCACUGAAGCUGCCGCAGUCUCCGUUGCCGUACUUGAGCCCGCAGCUCAACGGGGAGAGGUUGCUUUACGGUGCCAACUUCGCUUCCGGCGGAGCCGGGAUCCUGAAUGACACCGGAGUCCAGCAAGGAAACACAAUAAGAAUCGCUGAGCAGUUACUAGCCUUCGGACAAUACAAGAACAAGCUGGCGGCGGUGGUCGGAGGAAGAGAACAGGCCGAGCGGCUCGUCAACCAGGGAGUGUUUCUCUUGGCCGUCGGCUCCGCCGAUUUCACCAACAACUACUACUCGCGCCCUUUCUCGGCCCGCGCCAGCCAGAACACCGUCAUCGAGUUCGUCGAUCUCCUCAUCUCCGAGCUAUCUAACUACCUGCUGAGGCUGCACGAGCUGGGGGCUCGCCGGACGCUGGUCACCGGAGCGAGCCAGUUCGGGUGCUUGCCGGCGCAGUUGGCAAUCAGGGGCAGCGCCGGCGGGGAGUGCGAUCCGGAGCUCGUGAACGCGGCGUCUCUCUUUAACUCCCAGCUGAACCGGUUGGUUCAGCAACUCAACGGUCAGCUCGGUUUCGUUUUCGUCGCUGCGGCCAAUUCCGUCACAUUGUACACCGCGACCCGCAGCAAUCCCGAAGCUUACGGGUUUACGGAGACGAGGGUGGCUUGUUGCGGCCAGGGUCCUUAUAACGGACUAGGGCAAUGCACGCCGGCAUCGAAUCUAUGUCCGAACAGGGAUGAGUACGUCUUUUGGGAUCCGACCAAUCCAACCGACAGGGCUGUGGGGCUCUUUGCCGAAGCCAUCUUGAAUGGUCCCGCAGACGUUGUCUUCCCGAUGAACCUCAAUUCCAUGCUGGCCAUGGGAACACGAGACAUAAAUGUUUGAUAAUCUACCUUCAUGCAUUUUUUUUUUUUUUUUACAAAUUGGGGCACUUUCAUUCCAAAUCGAAACAGUGGAAGUAUAGUUGAUUACAAUAAAGGAGACAACAAAUCGGCAACAAUGAUCCAAUGCAAGGUUUAUUUUUACGUACUUUAUGAUUGAGAGGGAAUAAAGUCUGUAAUAUAUGUGGGCUUCUGAGCUGACUUUUCUUGGGAUUCAUGAUCAAGAAAGGGUCAGGUUCCAUGUAAUUUGUAAUGUUGGUUGCUUUGACAACUUGAUGUACUCGAUCCCGUUAUAUAUAAAAAAUUAUAUUUCAGAAUAUUAAACAAAUACAAACUUAUAUUAGCUUAAUCUUUUGUUCUAGAUGUAUUAAUUGUUUGGAUCAUUGACUUCAUGCUUAAGGUUCAGAGGUUAUGCAUCGAUCCACAACUAAAUCACGGCUUUGGAUUCAAUUUUAAAGAAUGAAAUUGGCAAUGACAAAGACAUGCAAAUCUGGAAUGAGUCUGGUAAAAAUCUACGUUCAUAAAAUUUGAACCAACUCUGGAUUCAAUUUAAAGAAUGAGCUUAGCAAUGGCGAAGGUUGAAAAUAUGAAUAUGAAAUUGAGUGGGUAAAAAUCUAUCUUAUAAACCGGUUUGACACAAAUCUCUCUUGCUCCGGUAGUGAAACGCAAAAACUUGAUCAUCAAUGAUCAUAUAUGAUUGAUUAUUGACAUAAAAAGAGAGUUUUUAAUGUCAAUUCAGGUCUCAAUCUAAUUUAAAUCCAGAAACAAGUACCAUCGAUCUAGUACUGUAGUACGCUCGAAUGGUUCUAACAAAACAAGAUCAACAACAAAAAUUUCGCUCUCAUAACGAUACGUACCCUUCAAUAUUUAAAUCAGAUGUCACUAUACGUCAGUCCUUCAACACGGGAUCUGGAGAGUUUGGUACAUAAUAUGUUACAAUCUAUGCCCUCUCUCCCCGGAAGCUAGAGUUGUAUCAAUCAGACGACUAUAUAAAAUGAAUGUGAAGUGAGAGAAGUUUUUGCUGUGUGUGCAAGUCAGGGGCGGAUACAUGAGGGUUUAGGGGUGUCCCGGGACACCCUCUAAAAUUUGAGAAUACGAUUAUUCAAUCCCAGGUAGUUUUGUAUGGGUAAAUAAAUUAUAAUUAGCGAUUCGGACAUCCCUACAACAAUAAUCCUAUCCUCAGUAGUAGUUUGCGUAUACUUUAAAAAAAUAAGCGAUAGUCUGUAUUAUUCAAACUUAGGAUAUACUAUAUUUUUUAAACAUUAUCCUCCAUUAAAUUGCACCCAUUUGUUGUUCUAUUUUAAACACUACAUAAUAGUAAAAAGUUAUUCCUUAUCCCCGACUAUGUCCAAAACCUAACAAUUAACUACCCUUAAUUUGAAUUGAUUUUAUGAUUACACAACAAGUGUUGAAAGAGUCUUUUCAAAUUUGAGUUACAUAAAAAACAAAGUUAGAAAUCCAUA